AUGCCUAACUUUGCCCUGAAGGACCUGGCAGACUCAUACACAAAGAGGGAGAAAAGGGUGUACGUCAUUGACUCAAUGACCGAUGAAAUGAUCGGGUCUACAGGCUGUGGGAAGGAAGAGAAGAGGGGGUCCAAAGAUUUACGGAUGGAAGAAAAAAGGGAGCCCAUAGAAUCAGGUGUGGAAAAAAAGAGGGGUUCCACAGGCUCAGGGAGGGAAGAAAUAAGGGGAUCCACAGAUUCAAGAACUGAAGAAAAGCAAGUUUCUCCUGGGCUGGCUGGACAGGUGUUGUGCAGUAAACAUGCAGAGAAGCAUAAGUGGUUUUGUAUGGACGAGGGGAAAGCUGUGUGUAACGUCUGUGAAAAUCCAACUCAACACUCUGGACACAAGGUCAUUGCUAUAGAAAAGGCUGUAGUUGACCUCAAGACACAGUUGGUGGACACUGAGAGGCAGAUAAAGGAGGCUUUUGAGAAGCUUCACCAGUUUCUGAGAGAUGAAGAGAAGGCCAGACUAGGUGAGCUGAGGAAGGAAGAGCAGCAGAAGAGAGAUACUAUGACCACAGAAAUGAAGAUCAUUCACGACCAAAUCUCAUCUCUUACAAUGGGUAUCACUACUUUGGAACAAGACUUAAAGAAGCAGGAUUUGCGCUUUCUGAAGGUAUACUCACCCAUUAUUAUGAUUUACAGUUGUAUAGCCCAGCUGCAGUGCACACCACAAGAUCCUAAAAUAUUAUCGGGAGUGCUCAUAGAUGUGGCCAAACACCUGGGUAACCUCAAGUUCAGAGUCUGGGAGAAGAUGCUGGUGAUUGCUAACCACACUCCUGUGAUUAUGGACCCCAACACUGCUCCCAGCUUUCUCACUUUGUCAGAUGAUCUGACUAGUGUGCGAAACUCAGGCACGCAGCAGAUGCUGCCAGAUAAUCCAGAGCGAUGCACGUUUAACGCAAAAAUUUGGGGUUCUGAAGGGUUCACCUCAGGAAAGCACAGCUGGGAGGUGGAGGUGGGGAACCACCCCAGCUGGAAUUUGGGUGUGGCUAAAGAUUCAAUCAACAGAAAAGAUAGGACAUUCGCAAAUCCUAAAUAUGGAAUCUGGGCUAUAGGUUUAGAAAACAGUGAGUAUACAGAUCCAGAGGCUAGGCUUCUUGCUCUGAAGAGGAGACCCCAAAGGGUUAUGGUGCAACUAGACUACAGUGGAGGGGAAUUGUCCUUCUAUGACCCCCGUGACAUGUCAAAAAUCUACACUCACAAAGACACAUUUAAUGAGAGACUCUUCCCAUACUUCUCUACUGGAAAAUGUAAAGAUGCCAGUGAACCUGGAUUCAUCCAGAUCUGCCCCUCAAAGGUGUCUCUAAAAGUGAUGUUAUCGUAA